AUGGAAAAGUUUUCUUCGCUGGCUCGUUUCAAGAGUUCCUGCCCGUUUUUGGGCGGGACGAAGACUUCAACCCUUCGCGCCCUUAGCAGCACCAUUUCCCCCAGAUUCCACUCGAUCUCUCAGCUCACUGAGCGAGCCGUGAAUUGCCCCAUCAUGGGUCCGGCCCUAGUAAUGCGCUCUACUCAGAUGGUUGCUGGUUACGCCAGUAUCGCUGGUCAGGCCGACGUCCAGAAAAUUCACCACAGCAAAGGUAUCUUCCCCGGAACCAGUGUUUCCGAUGCGGACAUUUCCAAAUGCCCCCAUGCUUCCGCUGCUCGGGCUGCUGCUCGGAUGGCGGAUGACCUUGCUGCCGCAUCUACUGCGAAGGCACCCGAAAUUAGAAAGGAAGUCCCGAGCAUGGCCCAGAAGGCCGCUGCUGCCGGAUGCCCUUUCCAUAAGGCUGCCACUGCUGCAAAGGAACAACCCGUCAAAUUGCCUACUGUGACAGAAACCCAGACUGCUCCUGCUACUUCAGAUGCCUACAACUAUGACAAGUUUUAUGCGGCCGAGCUCGAGAAGAAGCACAAGGAUCAGUCCUACCGGUACUUCAACAACAUUAACCGGCUUGCAACCAAAUUUCCAAUUGCGCACACUGCGAGUGUCAAGGAAGAAGUCCAAGUAUGGUGCGCUAACGACUAUUUGGGAAUGGGAAAUAAUCCUGUCGUACUUGAAACCAUGCAUCGGGCAUUAGACAAAUACGGUGCAGGCGCUGGAGGUACUAGAAACAUAGCUGGAAAUAGUGCUAUGCAUCUCAGUCUCGAACGCGAGCUUGCUACCCUUCAUCGCAAGGAGUCCGCGCUCGUAUUUUCGUCUUGUUAUGUCGCCAAUGAUGCAACUUUAUCUACCCUCGGUUCCAAACUUCCUGGUUGCGUUUACUUCUCGGACGCUUCCAAUCACGCGACAACCCCUAAAAUUAUCGCUUUUGAGAGUGUUUACUCUAUGUGCGGUAGCAUCGGGCCUAUCAAGGAGAUCUGUGAUCUGGCUAAGAAGUACGGCGCAUUAACUUUCCUUGAUGAAGUGCACGCUGUCGGACUUUACGGGCCCCGCGGUGCGGGCGUUGCCGAGCAUCUCGACUGGGAAUCCCACCAGAUGGCCGGUCAAAGUUCCGAGCCAAUCAAGGAGAGCGUGAUGGAUCGUAUUGACAUGAUUACUGGUACACUCGGCAAGGCAUAUGGCACUGUUGGCGGAUACGUCGCGGGGUCUCGCGAUUUCAUUGACAUGAUUCGUUCAUACGCACCUGGUUUCAUUUUCACUACAUCACUGCCUCCCGCUACAGUCGCUGGUGCUCGAGCUUCCGUCAUUUACCAGAAGCACCAUGUCGGUGAUCGAGCAUUGAAACAGGUUAAUGUUCGCACUGUCAAGGAACGUUUCGCUGCUCUAGACAUACCCGUCGUCCCCGGUCCUUCUCACAUCGUCCCAGUCUUGGUCGGUGAUGCUGGUCUCGCAAAGGCAGCAAGCGACAAACUUCUUCACGAACACGGCAUCUAUGUUCAGGCAAUCAAUUUCCCUACCGUCGCUGUGGGUGAAGAGCGUCUUCGGGUCACUGUCACUCCUCGCCACACUGCAGAGCAAAUUGAUGGCUUGAUUAGUGCAAUGGACACAGUGUUCACGAAGCUCAACAUCAACCGGAUCAGCGAAUGGGCAAAGUUGGGUGGACGUGCCAAUGUUGGUACAGGCAAGGAAAACGUCGGACCCAUCUGGAGUAACGCUCAGAUCAACACCGCUGGACAACCACAGACGUUGCAUGAUGAAGACACAGCCUUGGUUGACGUUAAUGCAGUUCAGGUUGUUCGGGAGAGCUUUGAGGACCUUUUGGGAGCUGUCGAGUUGAGCGAGACGGAGUUAAAGGUGGAAGCUGCGCUGAUGACUGGAGCUGUUGAGCACAUUGCUGGGGCAUUGCCGAAGAAAGUGAAAGCACCACGGGCUCCCGUCAAUCCAAUUGACAUGCCCAUUGCGCCUACUAUCGCGGUUUCAGCUUAA